AUGGCUGUUUCAUCUAAUGCUUCGGCUACCUUUAACCUUCCAGCACAAGUUAUUUCCAUCAAGCUUGAUAGUACUAACUUUCUUGCCUGGAGUGCCCAAUUACUUCCACUUUUUCGGAGCUAUGGCUUGAUGGGGAUUGUUGAUGGUUCCAAUCCCUGCCCUCCUCAAUAUUCUAGUGAUGCCCUCUGUGACCAAGGUGUUCUUAACUCUGCCUAUGUCAUUUGGCAGUAUAAGGAUCAAACUGUGCUUGGUUGGAUUGUCUCAUCCAUUUCUCCUUCAAUUGUUUCCACUAUUUAUGGUCUGGAAACAUCUCAGCUGGCUUGGCAAGCCCUCAAUUCGCGUUUUGCUGCACCUUCCACUUCUCGAAUUUCUCUCAUCAAGAGAAAACUUCAGUCUGUUCAGCAAGGCUCCAUGUCAUGCCAAAGUUUUCUAGAUGAAGUCAAAUCUCUCUCAGAUGAAUUAUCAGCAGUUGGCAAACCUGUUGAGGAUUCUGACUUGAUUUUAUCUGUGCUCAAUGGACUCAACUCCUCCUUUCAUUCCUUUGUCACAACAUACAUGCUGCUUGCAAAGGAAAAAUCCAUGCCUUUUUCUGACUUUCAUGCUGAGCUGCUCAACUAUGAUCUCAUGCAACAAUUUCACAAUCACACCAUUCAACCUGAGACUGGUUCCUAUGCUCUUUACUCCCACAAAAAUAGUUCUAAACCAGGACCAUGUAGUCACAAUAUCAAUCGGUCUUGCUCUUCAGGUACGUCCAAAUUUCCUGGCUCAGUUCCAGUUCCAUCUUCUUCACCAUUCCGGCAACCUCUACCCCACUUGCCAUCUUCAUCUUCUCCACCUGUGUCCCAUGCUUCUCGGUCUCGAUCACCUUGUCAAAUCUGUAAAAGAGAAAAUCACCAGGCAUUAGAUUGUUACAACCGAAUGAACUAUGCCUUUCAAGGGAGGCAUCCUCCAACAGAGUUGGUUGCUAUGGUUGCUGAGGCCAAUACCACCUACCUGAAUCAGCAUCAAUGGUAUGCUGAUAGUGGUGCGAACAUUCAUGUUACUUCUGAUGCAGCUAAUUUGGCAAUUUCUCAGCCUUAUGAAGGCCCUAAUACCGUGGGCGUAGGUAAUGGGGCAGGUUUGAUAAUCUCACGUACUGGCACUGCUACUAUUAAAACUCCUUCAUCUACUCUUGCAAAUUUGAUGGCGAUCCCCUACUUGAUCCUUCCGAAUAUCGUCACACAGUCGGUGCCUUACAAUAUAUAA